AUGGGCUGCAGCUGCAGCAAAAACGAUGCGUUGGAGCCGCGCCGUCCUGGGCUGCCAACAUUGUUGGGGGCUGUGCCGAAACACAGCGAACCAUCAGACCCCAAAGGAGAGAAGGAUGUUGAGAAGGCUCAGGAGAAGGCUCAGAAAGCAGAGAGAGUUGACGAUGUUGAAGUUUCGUGCCAUGCCUCUGCAGGUGCGAAGUGGCAUUUGGAGCUGCUGGCUGUGAGCGCCGAACUGAAACAAAAGCUGCAAGAUCCUCAGUUCGUGGCGACCCGCUGCGACUUGGAUGGCUCUGGUGAUCUCGAUGCACACGAGCUGAAGCAGGCGGCUCGGGUCUAUGGCAUCUCGCAGAGUGGCAGCUCACAAACCCACGACGGCACCAAUCCUCGUCUCAUGGCUGGGCAACGCGUCAGCAAAGAGAGCUUCGCUGAAAUGGUGGCCUCUCAACGAAGCACCAAGCUGAUCAGAGCCUUUGAUUCAAACACGGUCAAAGUUUUGCUAGGAGCAGUCCCGCACUCCUUGCGUGGAAUGGCAUUGGGCCAGCUUCAACAUCUUGAAGCCUUGUUCGUCACAACCGGGUGGCUAUCUGCGCGAUGUGAAUCCUUCAACGCAGAGAAUGCCCAUGCCAUUGCCAAUCGCACGAAGUUCAGACAAAACACCAAUCUUUAUGCCUUGGACACCUUUGUGGUGACUCCAAUGUCGAAGCCAGGCAUGUGCGGAGCCCGUGAACAUGAUGAGCAGCAGACCAUUGCCGAAGCACACGGAAUUUCAUCCUUUUCACAACUGGUGAAUCCAUUCGGCCUCUUUGUUCACUGCUUUGUCUCCCAUUUUUGGGGACACAACUGGACCAGCACUGUCACGGCUCUUGAUUUGUGGGCAGAUUCGAACUACGACAAGCUGACCUCGGAGAAGGAGGCCUUGGUCUACUGGAUAUGCCUCUUUGCGUUGAACCAGCACGACGUGGCAGAGGAGGUGGGGGAAAAUCCUCAGCAGGGGCCAUUCAACGCAGCACUGGCGCAAGCCACUGGUGGUGCAGUGAUGGUUUUGGAUGAAGAAGUGAAACCGUAUGUGCAACAGCAAUCACCUAGAGUGCAACUUUCAGUGUACAUUGAUGACAGGACUCUGUGGUGCCAUGAGCGGCAACCGCUGCAAACCGCUUUAGAUGCAUCGCAACAUGUUGACGAGGUGUUAGGCCUUCGGUUGAAUCCUUCCAAAUGUGAACUUUUCUUCAAAUGCCGCGGAGCACAAGUGCAAGCUUUCCAAUCCUGGAAUAUAGCAUGCAACAGGAAGUGGAAAAUGUCUGCUCAGUUCAAGUUGUUGGGGGUGCAUUAUUUCUCGACGAAAGCACGCCGAAGACCAAUUGAGCCAACAGUUGUUGCGAAAGUGCAGGCACGCUUGAGACGACUCCGCACGGCCACUCACAAGUAUUGGUGCAAACGACGCUUGGUGAGAUCGCUUGUCCUUUCUUUGUUUUCGCAUACGGGUGCUUGGACCACCAUUCCGAAAAAGACCUUGCAAAAGUGGAGGUAUGCCAUUGAGACCACCAUGUUGGGAUACCCUCAAUCUGGAAGAUCCAGAUAUCUGCUUUGGACCUCUUUUUUGGCUCCGGAACUUGACCCUGAAUUUGCCUUGGAUUCCAAAGUCAUUUUUCAUGAGCUGUGGAGACUUCGUAAGGAGGUGGCUACUUGUCGCAGAGUGGCAGACUUUGAACCUUUGCAGUUUUCUGCUGCAGAACCAUGUGAACGCAACAGCCGUUUGUAUGAAGUAUUGCAAAAAUGGGGUUGGGAGCGACUCAGCAAGAGCCGUUUUCAAACUUCAAUAGGAGUACUUGAUUUGCUUUCCCACGGAGCAACUUGCGUUACAGCUGCUAUGAAAGCCGCUUGGAGGCAUCAGCUUUGGCUAAAAGAACCGCGUGCUGCAGAAAUUGCACACACGGAUGUGGAACCUGUCACAUCCGUGCAUGCUGCAUGGAUGAAGCAAGGCCCUGUACAUGAUCCCAUGUCCUUUUCCACUGCGUGUGCUGCUGGCCAUGCCGGCCGCAAAUUGGCCAAAAGGUUUGACCUUGAUCAUGUUUCUUGCGUUUGUGGGGAAUCAUGGCCUUCAUGCCGACAUGUCACAUGGCAUUGUCCUGAUACCAGCUUACCUGCACACAAUUCACCGCCUGCCAAUGGCGUUGAAGAAAGGUUGUUGGUUCGAAGUGUUGCCCCUGCACCCUGGCCUCCAGACAGGGUGCCAGAAGACAUGCUUCCUCCAGUUGAAGUUUGCAAUACCUUCGCCUCGCAAGAGGUACAAUUUGAUGGCAGAAUUUUGGUCGCCACGGAUGGUAGCUCUCAUUCUUGUCAUUCGCUGAAGCGAGCCGCUUGGGGCAUCGCAACAGAGAAUCAUGUUUUUGCUUUUCCAAUGAAAGGUUGUGAUCAGAAUAUUUUUGCUGCCGAGACCUGGGCAGUAUUUCAAGCUUUGAAUGCGGCGCAUGUCACUGGUAGAAAUGUGCGUAUCUUGUGUGACUCACAAGCUGUUGUUUGCACAGCAGAGCGGGUCCGGCGUGGUGGGUCACUGCCGCCCUGGGCUUCUGGCAUUUGGCAAGCCAUUGCUUUUCUCAGUCCUGGAAGUGAGAUUUCUUGGGUCCCAGCGCACGGCCGUUCCAAAGGCUGGGCGCCUCCAGCUGGACAUUCAGCUGAUGUGUGGCGAAAUUACAAUGAUCGAGUUGAUGCGGCAGUUCAGGCUGCUGCCAAACCUGGAAUCGUUUCCUUGAGUGCUUGGGCUCGUGAAGUCCAAGAUGCCAUUGCAUGGAGUAGUUUUGCGCUUGCAAGACAGAAACAAGCUUUGCUCGACUUGCGGAGUCAUGUCGAGCCAUCAGCUUCUCGGUUGAAGGACUUGCAGCGUCCCCUUGAACUGAUUUGCAGUGAGGGUUCCUUGUCCCAGCCUGAGAACGGCGGACACAAGGCUGUGAGCACGAAGAUGCUGCAAGACACAUGCCAGGCCUUGUGGAACGUGUCCACCGCCAAGGCUGAAAGCUCAGUAGCCAGGGACAAAUACCAGAUUUGGGGAGAAACGGCCCACGAAUCCUUCAGGGGUUUCAUCAAGGGAUAUGGUGCCGAACGGUUCUUCACAAAUUUCAUAGAUCAGAAUGGGGCCGAUGCGGUGGCAGAUGCCUUCAUCGACUUUGAUCGCUACAUGAAGUCUCUACUCUCCACUACGGUGCUGAAGGUCCUGAUGGCUAGGGGCGACUUUGCUUCGGCGGCCACGUGCUGCCUUCAAGGAGCAGAUGUUAGUUCUGAGCAGCUGACAGAGAUUUGCAGCAGCUUUGCUGCAGAAACUGAGAGAGAAGGCUGGUUGAACAGCAUGCUGCUGCAGGCAUCAAAUCCAUCCAUGGCCAAGCUGCUUUUGGAGCAGGGUGCUGAUGUGGCGGCAGCAAGCAACAAUGGUGCCACAGCACUGAUGUGUGCUGCUGGAGGUGGCCAUGUGGCCGUGGCCCAGCUGUUGCUACAGCACGGUGCCGAUGUGGCGGCAGCAAUGAACGAUGGUGACACAGCAUUGAUGUUGGCUGCUGUAGGUGGCCAUGAGGCUGUGGCCCAGCUGCUGCUACAGCACGGUGCCGAUGUGGCGGCAGCAAACAACGUUGGUUUCACAGCAUUGAUGUUGGCUGCUGUAGGUGGCCAUGAGGCUGUGGCCCAGCUGCUGCUACAGCACGGUGCCGAUGUGGCGGCAACAAAGAACGAUGGUUUCACAGCAUUGAUGUUCGCUGCUCAUGGUGGCCAUGAGGCCGUGGCCAAGGUGCUGCUACAGCACGGUGCCGAUGUGGCGGCAGCAAGCAACAGUGGUGUCACAGCACUGAUGUGUGCUGCUCUAGGUGGCCAUGAGGCCGUGGCCCAGCUCCUGCUACAGCACGGUGCCGAUGCAAGGGCAGCAUUACACAAUGGCAGGACAGCACUGAUGGUUGCUAGGGCAAACCGUCAUGAGGCUGUGGCUAGGCUGAACUGGAGCCUUGAGGAGUGGCCAAGACCGCGGGGAGGCGUUGGUGCUGCGGCAGAUUUGCAAAAUCGGAGGCUGAACUGGAGCCUUGAGGAGUGGCCAAGGUCAGAGCGAUAUGCAUUGGUGCUGCGGAACGCGCUGAAAGCCCAGAGAUUGCCACGGGAAACAGAUGCCGUGGAACGCCUUGUUGUGGCCAUUUGGCUGAACUGGAGCCUUGAGGAGUGGCCAAGGUCAGAGCGAUGUGAGGAGGAAGAAGUGAUACCGGUGGAGGCAUUGGUGCUGCUGCACACUUUGCAAGCUCGGAGGUGGGUUUGUGCUGCCGUCAUUGUUUCCAAUCAAGCCUCCAUUCGUGCGAAGUGGCAUUUGGAGCUGUUGGCUGUGAGUGCCGAACUGAAACAAAAGCUGCAAGAUCCUCAGUUCGUGGCGACCCGCUGCGACUUGGAUGGCUCUGGUGAUCUCGAUGCACACGAGCUGAAGCAGGCGGCUCGGGUCUAUGGCAUCUCGCAGAGUGGCAGCUCAGAAAACCACGGCACCAAUCCUCGUCUCAUGGCUGGGCAACGCGUCAGCAAAGAAAGCUUCGCUGAAAUGGUGGCCUCUCAACGAAGCACCAAGCUGAGAACAGUCCCGCACUCCUUGCGUGGAAUGGCAUUGGGCCAGCUUCAACAUCUUGAAGCCUUGUUCGUCAGAACUGGAUGGCUCUCUGCACGAUGUGAAUCCUUCAACACAGAGAAUGCCCUUGCCAUUGCCAAAGGCACGAAGUUCAGGCAAAACACCAAUCUUUAUGCCUUGGACACCUUUGUGGUGACUCCAAUGUCGAAGCCAGGCAUGUGUGGAGCCCGUGAACAUGAUGAGCAGCAGACCAUUGCCGAAGCACACGGAAUUUCAUCGUUUUCAGAACUGGUGAAUCCAUUCGGCCUCUUUGUUCACUGCUUUGUCUCCCAUUUUUGGGGGCACAACUUCACCAGCACCGUCACAGCUCUUGAUUUGUGGGCAGAUGCGAGCUACGACAAGCUGACCUCGGAGAAGGAGGCUCUGGUCUACUGGAUAUGCCUCUUUGCGUUGAACCAGCACGACGUGGCCGAGGAGGUGGGGGAAAAUCCUCAGCAGGGGCCAUUCAACGCAGCACUGGCGCAAGCCACUGGUGGUGCAGUGAUGGUUUUGGAUGAAGAAGUGAAGCCGUUUUCACGCAUCUGGUGCCUCUUCGAGGCUUCUCGGUUGAAGGACUUGCAGCGUCCCUUUGAACUGAUUUGCAGUGAGGGUUCCUUGUCCCAGCCUGAGAACGGUGGACACAAGGCUGUGAGCACGAAGAUGCUCGAAACCACAUGCCAGGCCUUGUGGAACGUGUCCACUGCCAAGGCUGAAAGCUCAGUAGCCAAGGACAAGUACCAGAUUUGGCAAGAAACGGCUGACGAAUCCAUCAACAGGGGUUUCAUCAAGGGAUUGGGUGCCGAACGUUACUUCAAAAAUUUCAUAGAUCAGAAUGGGGCCGAUGCGUUGGCAUCGUUCUUCAUCAAGUUUGAUCGCUACAUGAAGUCUCUACCCUCCACUACGGUGCUGAAGGUCGUGAUGGCUAGGGGCGACUUUGCUUCGGCGGCCACGUGCUGCCUUCAAGGAGCAGAUGUUAGUUCUGAGCAGCUGGCAGAGAUUUGCAGCAGUUUUGCAGCAGAAACUGAGAGAGAAGACUGGUUGAACAGCAUGCUGCUGCAAGCAUCGAAUCCAUCCAUGGCCAAACUGCUUUUGGAGAAGGGUGCUGAUGCGAGGGCUGAACGCGACGAUGGUUCCACAGCACUGAUGGAUGCUGCUGAAUGUGGCCAUGAGGCCGUGGCCCAGCUGUUGCUACAGCACGGUGCCGAUGUGGCCGCAGCAGGCAACGAUGGUUUCACAGCAUUGAUGCGGGCUGCUCAAGAUGGCCAUGAGGCCGUGGCCCAGCUGCUGCUACAGCACGGUGCCGAUGUGGCAGCACCAAGCAACGAUGGUUUCACAGCACUGAUGUUGGCUGCUCAAGGUGGCCAUGAGGCCGUGGCCCAGCUGUUGCUACAGCACGGUGCCGAUGUGGCGGCAGCAAACAACGAUGGUUCCACUGCAUUGAUGCGGGCUGCUGCAUGUGGCCAUGAGGCCGUGGCCCAGCUGCUGCUGCAGCACGGUGCCGAUGUGAAAGCAGCGGCAAACAAUGGCGCCACAGCAUUGAUGGGUGCUGCUCAUGGUGGCCAUGAGGCCGUGGCCCAGCUGCUGCUACAGCACGGUGCCGAUGUGGCAGCACCAAGCAACGAUGGUUUCACAGCACUGAUGUUGGCUGCUCAAGGUGGCCAUGAGGCCGUGGCCCAGCUGUUGCUACAGCACGGUGCCGAUGUGGCGGCAGCAAACAACGAUGGUUCCACUGCAUUGAUGCGGGCUGCUGCAUGUGGCCAUGAGGCCGUGGCCCAGCUGCUGCUGCAGCACGGUGCCGAUGUAAAGGCAGCACAGGACGAUGGUGCCACAGCAUUGAUGUUUGCUGCUCAAGGUGGCCAUGAGGCCGUGGCCCAGCUGUUGCUACAGCACGGUGCCGAUGUGGCGGCAGCAAGCAACGAUGGUUCCACUGCAUUGAUGUGGGCUGCUGAAGGUGGCCAUGAGGCCGUGGCCGAGGUGCUGCUACAGCACGGUGAGUUGCGUGCCCAGCCGUGGAAUAGGCAUUGGUGCUGCGGCAGAUUUGCAAAAUCGGAGGCAUCAGAGUGCGAUGUCAAACUUUCAGCUGAACUGGAGCCUUGA